UGAAUCAGUAAUGAUUUUGACGUCGUAAGAAACUUUUCAAUUUAUGUAACAUAUUUUUUCACCCUUUUGGCAAGCGGAAUUAAUUUUGAAAGUGAUUUUAAAUGCAUCCUGCACUGAGGAGAUUUUCAAAAGCACAUUUUUUUAAUUAUGAUAAACACGGAAAAGAUUGGAAUGUGAAAAAAGGCGAAAAGCAAUCCCCUGUUGCACUGUCAACGGAAACAGCAAUCCCCUCAUUGGCGCAAAAAUUAAAAUUUAUAAACUACAACAAAAUGUUGGUUGGACCCCUAAAAAUCACCAAUAAUGGACAUACUGUGAUUAUGUCAAUACCUGUGGUAGUUGAUGGCAACCAACCUGCAGUUUGCGGUUGUAAACUCAAGUGCCUCUAUAAGGCCGUGCAGUUACACUUCCAUUGGGGAUCCCCAGAAAACAAAGGUUCUGAGCACAUGAUAAACUGCUGCCGAUACGACGCCGAAAUGCAUAUUCUGCAUCAAAAUUGUGCAUACGCCUUGCAAAAUGAUGCCAUAAUGGCAAACGAUGGAUUCGUAGUUCUGUCACUAAUGUUAAGAUCUGUACCGCACCCCAAACGAGAACCUAGCAUUAUAAACAGACUUCUUAAUGAAUUGAUUCAUGUGAGAAAUGCUAAACAAACGAGGCUCCUCCGAGGUAAUUUCUGUUUAAGAGAUUUUGUAAAAGACGUUGAAAGGGACGAAUUCUUUGUAUAUAAGGGUUCGCUUACUACACCACCUUGCCGUGAGGCUGUAAAUUGGAUUGUGUUUACUAAGCCUAUAAAUGUAUCCGAAAAUUAUAUUAAGAGCUUUUGGUCACUAAGAGAUUAUCGCGGGAGUCCUCUAGUUAACAAUUACCGCAGUAUACAAAAACUUAAUCAUCGAUGCCAAGAUAAAAUAACAUCGGUGAGUGGUGUUUUUAAAUUAAAAACAAGAGCUCAAGAAAUUGCGCAAAUUUGAUCACAAAUACAAUGU